GAAGCAACUCUAGACUCGUGCUAAUCAUCCACCUGUGUCUUACCCUUUUGCUAGGCGCGAAGCCUCGAAAACACCGAAACUGAACCACUUCUCUCUGUCUUCUAGCCGAGCCGAGCCGAGCCGAGCCGCGUUUCAUUCCUUCUUGAUUCUUCCACAAGCCGAUCAUCAUCAUCAUCUUCAUCAAUGAAGCCGCCGCCGCCGCUACACAUCCCUUUGAAUUCCAAGAAAAAAAGAGUGUUCAUGGACCCUGACGUGAUCGAAGUCCCACCUCCUCCAGCUCCGAUUGUUUCUCGCUCUCACUCUAAACAGCCCAAAAACAAACAGGUUAUUCUUCAUGAAAUAAUUGAUGUUGACAAGGAUGAAGAUGCCAUUGAUGUGAUGAUUCUUGACAAGAAAAAUGACUUGAAGAACAAGGGAAAAUCCAUAAAAGAUAACUCUGAUGGCUACAGUCAAGCUAAGGACGGUAUUUCCAGUUGUCUUUUCAGUCCUUUCCCUGGAGAAAAUAAUAUAAUUAACAUGGAUGGUCUUGAUUAUGAUGAUGGCAUACUUAUGGAUCCUGAUGACUUCAUGGAUUUUGAUGAGUAUUCAUUUUUACAAUCCCACUUUGACAAGGUGGAUAUUCCUCCUGGAGUGGAGGCCCCCAUUCCUUGGUUGCCAAAUUCUGAUAAUAACACUAAGAAAUCUGCUAAUGGAACUACUUCUUUCAAUACAAACAAUCAAAAGCAAUCUAAUGGUGGUGGUUCAUGGUCAUUGAAGCCGGGCCAUGUAAGCAAGAAGCUGAGUUCAGUGAGUGGUUUAAGUUUUCAUAACCCAAUGGAUUCCAUGAGCCAUGAUUCUGGAGUGAACCUGUCCUCUCAUUGGCUACUUCCCCAAACUGCCCAAGGUAAGGAAGAACAAGAUGUUUCACAACAUGGGGGGAGUGCCUUGAAUUUUGCACCUUUCCAGAGUAAAACAGAGCUGGUUUCUUCAAGUAUGACUGAUUAUGGUUAUGCAAAGCACUUAGACGGUGUUAUGCUCCCUCAUGGAGCUGGCCCAGCACAUUUGGGACAUACCAAUCCUGCUUCUCCAUUUGUUGGUGGAUUGGAUCACUUUCCUAUUAUUAGCCCUUCCACCUCUUCAUUGGUGUCAAAAUUAAAUUACUCAUUUGCUAACCAUACAAGUCAUCCAAAACUCUAUGAUCCAUUUGAUGCUUUGCAUAUCCCUCUUGAAGACAGUGCAGCUGGAACUCCAAAAAAUGUAGAUAAAGAUGAUAUCCUCAGAAAGUUUCAACAAUUUAAACAAUUUGAUACAGUCGAAGAUCAUUCAGAUCAUCACUAUACUAGUAGUUCUUCGAUGAAGCAGCCACCAAAGACCUGGGCAAAGAGAAUUCAGGAAGAGUGGAGAAUCCUGGAAAAUGAUUUGCCGGAUUCUAUAUUUGUUAGGGUUUAUGAAACAAGGAUGGACCUAUUGCGGGCUGUAAUUAUUGGAGCAGAGGGUACUCCCUACCACGAUGGUCUCUUUUUCUUUGAUUUUUUUUUCCCUGCUGGCUACCCCAAAGUACCACCGCUUGUCUACUACCAUUCUGGUGGUCUUCGACUCAACCCAAACCUGUACAAUUGUGGUAAAGUAUGCCUCAGCCUUCUUGGGACCUGGCAGGGUAACAAGAAUGAGAUGUGGCAGCCUGGAGUCUCGACUGUGCUACAAGUUCUGGUAUCUAUACAGGCAUUGAUAUUGAAUCAGAAGCCCUUCUUUAAUGAGCCUGGAUAUGAACGAUUGAGUGGUUCGGCAAAUGGUGAAAAGCGAUCUCAGGAGUACAGUGAGAGUACCUUUUGCUUUUCGCUGAAAACAAUGGUUUACACAAUGAGGAGGCCGCCUAAGCAUUUCGAGGAUUUUGUACUGGGUCAUUUCCACAAGCGUGCUAAUGAUAUUCUGGUGGCAUGUAAAGCCUACAUGGAUGGUGCUCAGGUGGGUUGUCUGGUCAACGGUGGGGUUCAGGAUGUUGACGAGGGUGAUAAGAGUUGCUCCAAGAGUUUUAAGGACUGCUUACCUGCCUAUAUUGAUAUACUAACGAAGCAGUUUUCACAAAUUGGAGUCCAGGACACUGAAAAAUUCCGAACAUCAGGAAACGGGGGUGAUAACUUAUCAGGCAAUGUACCCAUGGCCGCAAUAUAAAUGAGUUAUCGACGAGUAAUCAAUUUUGAGAAGUGACGGAAAGCAUCUUUACAUACCUGACACGCAAUUCGGGUCUCCUGAUUCAUAUUGAGAAGUCCAAAAUUUUAUUAUGGACAAUUAGAUGUUUAUUUCUAUAUGAUAUUUAUUUUCCCAAAUUGUACCUGUACAUGGAUGUAGAUAAGGAUGAGAUCAUAAAGUUCUAUGUACUUGUUCAGUUGCAAUGUAAAAAUGGUGUCGGCAACCUGCAAUCAUGUUGAAAUGGUGGGUACUGGCUGCAACUGAGUUCGAAGUUUUGUUCUAGAUACAUUACCAAAGGGACAGCUUUCAAUAUUUAUUUUGAAAUUGGUCGUUGUUGAAUUUA